GCCCCCAUGCAAUGAUAAUAUGGGCAACAAAAUGAAAUGUUUUUAUUAUGAACAUUGGUUUUAUUAAAUAUGGAAUAACAAAUUUACUUUUGUGUAUUAGAACAUUAAAAAUGAGCACGUUUACAUCACGACUUUGUCCAAUAACUGGCAAAAUGGAGUGGAUUCUUCAAGAUGAACAGUAUGAUUACCAUCAAGAAAUCGCAAGAUCUGCCUAUGCUGAUAUGCUUCAUGAUAAAGAAAGGAAUGAGAAAUAUUAUUUGGGUGUAAAGAAAGCUAUAGAGAUAAUUCACAGUCGUGGAGAAAAAGCUAAAGUUUUAGAUAUUGGUACAGGAACUGGUUUAUUGUCUAUGAUGGCAGCACAAUCAGGAGCAGAUCAAAUUACAGCGUGUGAGGCUUUUGAGCCAAUGGCAAAAUGUGCUGAACAGAUUAUGAAGAAAAAUGGCUUUGAAGAAAAAAUUCAACUGAUUCCAAAACGCUCAACAGAGUUGAAAUCAGGCCCAGGUAAAGAUAUGGAAGAGCGAGCUAAUAUUCUAGUUACAGAAGUUUUAGAUACAGAAUUAAUUGGAGAAGGUGCAAUUGGAACGUACAAUCAUGCUCAUAAACAAUUAUUGGAGAAAAACUGUCUAGUAGUACCUAGAGCAGCCAAUAUGUAUGUGCAGUUAGUUUCAUCUGAAUUUAUUAGACGCUGGAAUGUGGUACAGCCAUUGAAGACAACAGAAACUAGAGUAGUCUCCCCUCCUACAGCCAGUAGUAGGUGCAGUGGAGCAGCAUCUUUACAUGAUGUGCAGUUAGACCAAAUUGAUCCCUCAUUAUUUACAUCUAUAUCUCAACCUGUACAAAUAUUCAGGUUUGAUUUUAAUAGUAAAGAUGGAAUACCAGAAGAUGAUGCUUCAACAGUUAUUGUUAAAUCAUUAAAUAAAGGAACUGUUGAUGCUGUGUUUAUGUGGUGGGAUAUAGAAAUGGAUCCACAAGGGGAGAUUAUCUUAAGCUGUGCCCCGCAUUGGGCACACCCAGAUAGUCAUAAUUUACAGUGGCGAGAUCAUUGGAUGCAGGCUAUAUAUUAUCCUAGUUUACCAUUGUCUGUUGAUGUUAAUCAGAAUAUAAAAAUACUCAGUAGUCAUGAUGAAUAUAGUCUCUGGUUUGAAGUGGUUGAUAGUCAUGAUACAACUCCAGCUCCAUUGGAGAGACCUCUAUGUGAAUGUGGAAUUCAUACGACUAUUAGUCGAACAAGAAUAGGCAUGAUGAAUGAUGUCAAAAGAAAUCAGGUUUUCAUAUCAGCAUUAAAAAAGAAUCUUUCUCCUAGUUCUGUAUGUUUGUGUAUAAGUGAUGGAAGUCUGUUGUCAUUAAUAGCUGCCCAGUUAGGUGCUAAAAAGGUGUUUGCUCUUGAAUCGAAUCCCAUGUGUGAGAGAGUAUUAAAAUCAUAUAUUAAUUACAAUCGACUGGGUGAUAAAAUUACAGUAUUGACCAAAAAGCUAGAAGAUUUGACAGCUGAAGAUUUUCAGGAAUUGAAGAUAAAUUUAGUUAUUGGAGAGCCAUUUUUUAUGUCCUCGGUUUUGCCAUGGGACACCUUGUAUUUUUGGUAUGCUGUGUGCGAACUUAAGCGAUUUAUGGUAACUGAUGUACCCAUAUUACCUCAUAAAAUGUCUAUAAAGGCCAUUGGUGUUCAAUUCCGUGAUUUGUGGAAAAUCCGAGCACCUGUCAAAAAUUGUGAAGGAUUUAAUUUAGACGUAUUUGAUCAAGUCAUUCAGAAGUCAGCAGAUAAAUCAGAUUCUAAUGUAGAACCCCAGCCAUUAUGGGAAUAUCCAGGUACACCUAUAACAUCAACUGGUAUUGUUGCUCAGUUUGAUUGGUCAAAGCAAGUCACAGAAAUGAAACCAAUAUCAACAACUUCAACACUAAUCUGUACCAAGUCUGGUAGCAUUAAUGGUGUAGCUUUAUGGACAGAAUAUAUGUUUGAUGAAGACCUAGUCAUAUCUAACGGACCGUUAUUAAUUAAUGAUACUUGUAUCAAGUGGGAUUAUUUCUGUCAACAAGGUGUUCAUCUUUACAACAAACCCAUGUCAAUAACAGAGGGCCAGUGCUUGGAUGUGAUAUUUUCAUUUACUCCUAAAACAGGAGAGUUGGACUUAAAAUUCCCUACAACCAUAUCCUGAUGUAUUCAAACAUGAAGCGUUUUUAAAAUGACAAAAUAAUUCCAGGGUUCUUGUUUCAAACUAAUAUUAUGGGCAUUACAAACCUACAAAUGAAAUUAUUUACAUGUACAUUAAUUUGCACAAUAAAGAUAUUAUUAUAAUUGUUUUUAACAAUUCUGGUAUAACAAUGAAGAGAAUAGUUAUGAAACAUGAGCCCUGAGGAAAACCAUUAGAAUUAAAACUUACAGAUUAGUUCUGCACCAUAUUCACAUAUAUAUAAUCAGGUAUUCUAGAGUUACUAUGCAUUUUUCUUCUUUUUAGAAUUAAGUGUCAGUUAUGUCAAACUUUUAUAAGAAUUUUUUAAAACCAACUUGAAUACAAAUAAUCAAAAUUGUAGUUGUAAUAUUACAUAUCAUUGAUGUUUUUCAUAUUUGUAGAAAAAAAAUUAGAUUCCUUUAUUACCUGCAUGAUACCUGUCAGUGAUAACCAGUUAUUCAUUUGUAUUUGGACCUGGAACUGGGCCCCAAGAGUUCUCAUCUUCCUUUUCUUGUGUUUAGGGGCAACAAUCUUUGAAAAAGGCCUAAAACUCUGUCAAUUUAAAUAUGAUUGACAUGAAAUUUGGCAUUCUUGUUCCUUAUAAAAUUACACAUCGAUUGACAGAAUUCCAUUUUUGAUAUGAUAUCACAAUUCCAAGAUUAUAGCAAAAAUGUCAUGCUCAGUUCCUGGGCCGUAAUCUGCUCAUACUUGUUUUAGCUAAACUUAUAUAUUAUAUGUGUAGUCUGUCUAAUACAUGGGACCAAAUAAACAGGUCAGUUUAGACAGGUUGUCUGUUUAACCAGGUACAAUGAACCUGUUAUUAUGUAAAACCACAUUACAUGACCUUGACUAUGUUCUUAAAGAUCUAUGAAAUGUGGUAUCAUGCUCAUUAUUAUAAUAUAUUCCAUUCUUGUGAAGAUUAGAAGUGUUUUUAGCAUUUGCAGACUCCUACUAUUCAGUCUGUCUCUUGGAAUCUGGAUAAGAGACUAAUUCUGGGUUUACACUGUCAUUUUCUUAGGUUUCAAAUCUGAUCCAAUUUCCUAUAGUGAUACGGACAUAAGCGCAUUUUUUACUUUGUAAAGAACUGUUAUUGACUGCAACUUCAGUGUUUAGACUUAUCGAUUUUUAGUCAGCAAAUCAGACAACCUAAAUUUAACAGUGUGAACCAAGCUCUAGAUUAACACCGACUUACCUCUGUAUAUUAUCAUCAUACCACAUGAAAGGUAUUAAUCAUUUAACACAAUUCACAUUUUCAAAAUUCUAAAAAUAAUAGCAUGUGAAGAAGUCGUUAAGAAACACUGAAUAUUCAUGUGCAAAUAACUCCCUUAUUAACUCUAGUUAGCUUGAUUGUGGCACCAAUUUAACAGUCCAAUACAUAUACCCAUAGCCUUCUUUACAGAUGGACAUUACAUAAAGCCUUCAUGAUCUAGUAAUUACUGUCAACAUUGCAAUUGCAGCUCAAUUAUAUCUCUUAUUGUUGUGUUUCAUAUGGACCAAGAUCGAUUAUUGUUACAUUAAAUGGCUGUUAUUAUUAGAUAAAUAAUACAUGUAAAA